UGAAUGACUAUUGUUAUAAGAAAAUCGUUGCUUCAGGUAAAUAUGAUGUUUGGUCUUUUUGCGACCCUGUUAAUGUUGGGCGGAUGUAUGUGUGUAGAUAGACACCAUCCCAGCAGUGAAAAUAGAUCAAGUCCAUAUGUACAAUCCUGGGUAGAUUUCUUCGAAGCCAGGUUAUUGCUUCAAGAAUUGGUCCCCCGUGAUAAAAAUAAUCUGACUAAUCCGUCUACGCGUGAGCAUCUCUCGGCCGGUGUUCUGUCAGCAGUGACCAUGGCUGUCGGAAAACAAGCAUCGUUAUUUUGCUCCCCAUACGACCCGCUCUCAAUACUACAAGAUGUGUUGCCGUCUGUAUGGACUAAUUACAAUGAAGUAGCAGCUGAUCCUCUAAAUAAUAAACUCGCUGAAAUUAAUAAGCGAGUCCAGAAUAUAAGUGCUAUCAUUGACGGACUAUGUUAUGAGAUCGAUGUUGAAGACUGCAAUCAGGAAGUGGAGAGGAACGUUCAGGAAGAUGAUUCAUUAGUAGACAGCGCCAGACUGUUACUAGCUGUGGGAAAAGUAUCACACACCCUCAGGCUUCACGAAAAGGAAAUACGAGAGGUGGUGUCAGACUAUAAAGAUGCACCUUAUCUGAUAAAGCUAAUGCAGAGUGAGGACUACAAACAGUUAGCGUACGAUAUCGGUAACGUCGAGUUAUUAUUAGGAUUAGAGAUUAAGUAAAUUUCACCUCCGAUUUAUAAAGAAACUGUAAUAUUUUAAUGCAUUAUUAAAGCUACUAAGCAUUUA